CUACCCAUCAACAGCAAACAGGAAGCUUACACAACAUCUGGCCGCUAAAUAUCAUCGUCAUUAUCAUCAUUCCUCAACGACGUAAAUACUUCUGGAAUUAUCAACGAUUGAACACUAAACAACUUUCGCAGCCAGAAACAAUGGUUGGCCCCCCACCACUUCAGGGGCUCAAAGUCCUUGAAUUUGCUGGUUUAGCACCGGGACCUUAUACUGGCUUACUUCUAGCAGAUGCUGGCGCCAAAGUCCUUCGGAUUGAUCGCCAUACAACUGCUGGUCAAGCGGUCCCGGCACCGGAUAUACUUACAAGACAUAAGUCUUCUAUAGCUGUGGAUCUAAAAUCCCAAGAUGGUGUCGAGUUUAUUAAGGAAUUAUCUAAGACUGCUGAUGUGAUAAUUGAUCCAUUCCGCCCUGGCGUAUUGGAAAAGCUGGGCAUUGGCCCGCAGAUCCUGUGUGUCAUAAAUCCUCGCCUGAUUUACGGCCGUCUGACAGGAUUUCGCCGUGACGGCAAGUAUGCUCAGAUGGCUGGCCACGAUAUCAAUUACCUCGCUGUGUCCGGAGUGCUUUCUCUGCUGGGUCGCAGUGGGGAUAAGCCAUACCCACCACAAAAUAUCUUGGCAGACUUUGCUGGCGGAGGUGCUUCAUUAUUUCAAGGCAUUCUACUCGCUAUUAUAGCUAGAGAAAAAUCAGGAAAGGGGCAAAUUGUCGAGGCAAACAUGGUUGACGGCUCCAGCCAUCUCGCCACGUUCCCUCGGCAAGGGCUCAAAUUACCAUAUGGCAAUCAUCCGCGUGGCGAGAAUCUCUUAGAUGGAGGCUGCCCGUAUUAUGAUACGUACGAGACGAAGGAUGGGAAAUACAUGGCAGUAGGAGCUUUAGAACCGCAUUUCUAUGCUGUCUUUAUCAAAGGCCUAGGCUUAAGCAACCAAAAAUGGGAGAAACGACAUUCCGAUCGAGCGUCAUGGCCUGAAAUGAGACUAGAGUUCGAAACCAUCUUCAAAUCAAAGACCCGCUCAGAGUGGGAGAAGAUCUUCGAUGGCACUGAUUCUUGCUGUACUCCCGUGUUGGAAUAUUCCGAACUAGAAAUGGACAACAAUCGUGAAGGUGACCAACGCCCACCCGUGACUCUACGCGAAACGCCAUGUCUGGCUAUUAGCCAGAAAGGUACGGAUCCGAGUAUUCAUGGGCAAGGUCCUGGGAUCCCCGGAGGCGGUUACAGUGGCACAUUUCUCAUCCCAGGUCAAGGGGGUGAAGAAGCCCUUAAAGACUGGCUUGGAUGGAAGAAAGGAAAAGACUUCGACACUAGGGACGGCGGCUUCAUAUUGAAGAAUAAAUCUAAACUAUGAUGGAUGAUUUCUCAAAAAGGUUUAAUCUAUGGCAUACAUUAGGUCCUUUUAUCUAACCAUUAUUUUCAAAGCCUCUCGGUUUCUGCCUCUCAUCAUCUUGACUAUCAAAGCUCCAUCCACAGUCUAAAAUAUGACCCGAAGAUUCCGUUCGCUUUCAUCAGCCUCCGUCAGAUGAACA